AUGACGCUUUUCAUCUAUGGAUGGCUGGGAUACGAGUUGUAUCGAGCGAAGAAUUUCCCUGACUAUUUGGCGCGGCAAACGCUGAUCGCGCAAUUCUUGAUCAAUUUGCUUCUUUGUCUCAAAUGUGAAUUUGAAUGGACACAACGGGGAUCAUCAUGCUAUUUGCUUCAGGGUGACUUGUCCAACAGCGCGCCUCUCUUUACUUUCACUGAAGCUGAAGCCGAUUGUGUGCAGCGAAAAGGACAUCUCGUUUCAGUGCACAGUAAAGUUGAACAGGAUUUUCUUACUGAUUUGGUGAAAAGAAAAGAGAGUGGCGAUUGCGCAAAGGAGAACGUUUGGACUGGAUUGUGGUACGAUGAGGCAAAGGAGAAAGCUCUUUUUACUGAUGGUUCACCGGUGGAUUUUUGGCGGAACAAAGUUGAUGACUCAUUUGGCGCUUCGGCACUGGUGAUUCAAAACUCGUUGAAAUGCUCUCCAGUGGCUCCAAUUUUCAUUCAAAUCGACAUCUCUGCGAAACUUUCGCGUUACAUUUGCAAAAAAACGGCAAUUAAUGAGAUUCAAGACUAU